CUCUCCCCAAACCCUCGCCCCCUCCCCCUCCUCCCACCGCCGCCGCCGCCACCCCCCUCGCCCCAACCCCCAUCACCGGCGAAGAUGAAGACGAUCCUGGCGUCGGAGACGAUGGAGAUCCCGGAGGAGGUGACGGUGAAGGUGUCCGCCAAGAUGAUCUCGGUGACGGGGCCGCGGGGCACGCUGACCCGCAACUUCAAGCACCUCAACCUCGACUUCCAGCUGCAGGAGGGCGGGCGCAAGCUCAAGGUGGACGCCUGGUUCGGCACCCGCAAGACCAUGGCCGCCAUCCGCACCGCCAUCUCCCACGUCCAGAACCUCAUCACGGGGGUCACCAAGGGCUUCCGCUACAAGAUGCGCUUCGUGUACGCCCACUUCCCCAUCAACGCCUCCAUCACCGCCGCCAACCGCGGCAUCGAGAUCAGGAACUUCCUCGGCGAGAAGAAGGUGAGGAAGGUGGACAUGCUCGACGGGGUCACCAUCCUGCGGUCCGAGAAGGUCAAGGAUGAGAUCGUCCUCGACGGCAACGACAUCGAGCUCGUCUCCCGCUCCGCCGCCCUCAUCAACCAGAAAUGCCACGUCAAGAACAAGGAUAUCAGGAAGUUCUUGGACGGUAUCUACGUCAGCGACAAGGGCGCCAUCAAGGAGGAGUAGAGUGCGAAAAACCGUCCCACCAGAAGCCGUGUUUCUGCCUGCCGUGUUUCAUCGUCUUUGUGUCGUCGUUGUCGUGAUUUUGAACUUUCUCUAGACUGAAUUUUGUAGUGGGGUUAAUUAUUAGGGAUGUGCCAUGGAACAUGUUAUCUUUAUUAUCCUGUAUUGUCGCCGCGAGAAUGGGUCCGACGCUUAUCUACCCCUAUAAAGGCUGAAGACUCGGAAGUAUUUGAGGUUAAAACAGGACAUGAAUGGGCUCUACCGUUAAAUGAUUUGGUUAUGCAUCUA